GGCAGUAGUAACAGCAGUGGCAAAUUCGACUGGAGGGAAAACUGCCUUAUCUCUCUCUCUCACUCUCUCUCUCACUCUCUCUCUCUCUCUCUCUCGCUCUCUCUUCCGCUGAGCAGUGUAGGCUUCUCUACACUCGGCUGCUUCCCAUGCAACCAACAGCAUCCGCUAGGAGCCGGGGGGCAAAGUACAUGACUUUCUAGUCCAGGGAGAGUGACUCCAUGUUUCUUUCAGAGGUGGAUUACAGAUUGAAAAGCUAUUCAGAUCUGUGUUAAAGGCGGGGAGGCCCAUGUGCAGUGAUGGAGGAGGGAUACGAGGUUGACCUGACCUACAUCACGGAGCGAAUCAUCGCUGUGUCCUUCCCCCGCACCUGCACUGAGGAGAGCUACCUGCAUAACCUACAGGAUGUCUUACGCAUGCUUCGCUCCAAACACGGAGACAAUUACCUGGUCAUCAACCUUUCAGAAAAAAGAUAUGAACUCAGUAAAAUGAACCCCAAGACCAUGGACACGGGCUGGCCUGACCUCCACGCCCCCCCACUGGACAAGAUGUGCACCAUCUGUAAGGCCAUGGAGACCUGGCUCAAUGCCAACCCCCAGCACGUGGUGGUCAUCCAUUGCCGGGGUGGAAAGGGCAGAAUUGGAGUGGUCAUCUCUUCCUAUGUGCACUUCACCAACAUUUCAGCCAGCGCUGACCAGGCCCUGGACCGCUUUGCCAUGCGGCGGUACCACGACGACAAAGUCUCUGCCCUGAUGACCCCAUCACAGAAGCGCUAUGUGUGGAUACUGAACAGCCUGCUGACUGGAUGCAUGAAGAUGAACACGUCGCUUGUUUUCCUGCAUCACGUUGUUCUCCACGGCAUCCCCGACUUCGACAUCGGAGGAGUGUGUCGGCCAUAUUUGAAGGUGUACCAGGGAAUGCAGGCUGUCUACACGUCAGGAAUAUAUCACAUCAGCCCAGGAUUCAAAGGCAAGAUCUAUAUAACCCUGGAACCAGCCCAGCUGCUAAAGGGGGAUAUUAUGAUCAAAUGUUACCACAAGAGUAUCCACGCUCCGGGCCGGGAGGUGAUGUUCCGCAUCCAGUUCCACACAGGCAUCAUCCACGGGUGCCAGUUGACAUUUGACAAGGAGGACCUGGAGCAUGCUAAUAAAGAUCCCAGGUUUCCUGACUAUGGAAAGAUUGAGCUGGUUUUCUCAGAAGGCCCUGAGAAGUUGCAAGGCAGCGAGUGCUGGCAGAACGGACCUGAGGUGACGGUGGACUACAACACGAGUGACCCCAUGGUCCGCUGGGACUCCUAUGAGAACCUGGCCACUGAUGGGGACGUGGUGCAUGCACAGGGGCCUGUGGACGGCAGCCUAUACGCCAAGGUGAGGAAGAAGAGCACGGACGGGGCCCCACCUGGGGGCCCCACAACUGGCAGCCUCGAGCACAGUGACCACGCCUUGUCGGCCAGCAGCGACUCUGGCCUGUCCAGCACGUCGCUGCGCAUAGGUCGUGGCCCCAGCCAGCAGGAGAGGGCUGCAUUGCAGCGCCUGCUCAGCGGCAUUGGCCUGGAGUCUCCAGCAACCCCAGGGGACAUGGUGGAGCAGCAGGGGGCAGGGGUGCCCAGCACACGCGGCAUGGGGGGUACUCGAAGAGUAGCAGCAACUCAUGUGCACGCCAACGGCGAACGGGAGACAGACAUCCUGGACGAUGAGGCACCUGCUCAUGACCUCCACAGCGCCGACAGCAUUGGCACGCUUUCCUCGUCUGAGGGGCCGCACUCGCACCCACUUGCCCGCUGUGCCUGUCAUCAGAGCAGCCAGAACUCUCUGCUAUCUGAUGGAUUUGGUGGUCACGUUCCCAUGAGCUUUGUCCCUGAUGACUAUGAGCGUGGUUACCCGUCGUCUGGGGGCGGCCCCCUGCCUCAGGGGGCCACAUCAGGGCUACAAGCUUUCAUGGUGGGCGGGUACUCCACACAGACGUGGGUGAGACAGCAGCAGAUGGUGGCCGCCCAACAGUACAGCUACCCCUUGGCUGAGAGCGAGGGGCGGUACCCUCAUGACAAACCGGGUUCUGCUUUGACCACCCAUGUGGCCCCCGAGGGCAGUGGGGGCCACAACUCAGCCGAGAGCCCUGCUGACAGGGAGCUGGGGGGCUCCAAUGGCUUGGAUGCUGCUGCAGCAGCCCAGGACGAUGAGCUGGCCUCGCUCACCGUGGACAUUGAUCAGUCCAUUGACCAACUCAACCAAUUAAUCAUGGACCUGGACCCCACGUUUGUGCCCAUACCCACACAGUCUGGCUCAAUCAGGAGAGAUGGGAAGAGCCACUUCAAUGGCUCUGAGUUGCCAUGUGCCAACGGAGGAGGCCACAGACCAGCUGAGAACCAGCAGGACGUGCAGCCAGCUUCAUACCCAACAGCUGGACAUACCUGUGAUGGGCAAAGUGACCAGCUCCUGGGUUCAACUCGAAUGGGCAGAGAUGUCGUGGACCACCAGGACCUUCAGAGCUCGGGAUGGGGGUUGGGUGACCGAUUCCAGGACCUACCAUUACAAACCCCAGAACUGCUCUCCCCCGAAAGAUCUAUCCUCUACACACCCAGUAGCGUGGAAUAUGGCAGUCGGAGCGAGCAGUUGGUUACCCGGGUGGAGGCAGGUGCUGAGAUGGUUCCGGCCACCCCCGCUUUUCCCGUGUCUCCCCCGACUCCUUACGUGAAGAACCUGAUGGAUUUACAGAGGAGGGCUUGUGGACAACCUGCGAGGCAGUAUGAUGUCUACAGAAUCCCGCAGAAUGAAUCCCGGGGCUACGUGGAGACCAUGAGCCACGGCACCACGUCUCCUGAUGAUGAUCUGUUCCGGACAGAUGCAUCCGGGGUCUCCACCUGCCAAGGGGCAUUCGGAUCGGCGCGCUCUGUCACCUUGGGGAGUCCCCUCCUUUCACGGACAGAGAGCCCAUCUUCCCAGAUUCAGCAGUCCUCCCUCACUCGCUUCACACCCCCCUACCCCGGCGCAUCCGAGCUGUCGCCCCCCACCCCCAACUACCACAGUUCUCCCCGGGGCACCCCGCACGGUCAGGGAAGGGGCCUGGACGAGGCAGACGCCACAGACCUGCCCUCGCUGCUCGGGAAUGGGAGCCUGGAGAGGAGCCUGCUGGAGGCCAUGGAGAGCCUGGGUGGGAUGCAGCCCCCCCUGCCGGAGAAGCGCCGCAUCUCAGAGGGGGAGCACUCCCUGGGCUCCGGCUCCCCUGCUCUCAGUGGCUUCUCCAGUCCCCACAGUGGCAGCACCAUCAGCAUCCCUUUCCCCAGCGUGCUCCCUGACUUCUCCAGCCGGGUCGUGGUCACCUCCUCACCGCUCCCAGACUUGCCGGUCAGUAAGCCGAUGACAGUGAAGUUUGUGCAGGACACUUCAAAGUUCUGGUACAAGCCAGACAUCUCACGGGACCAAGCCAUCGCAGCCCUGAAAGACAAGGAUCCCGGAUCCUUCAUUGUCCGUGACAGCCACUCCUUCCGGGGGGCGUACGGGCUGGCCAUGAAGGUGGCCACUCCCCCUCCCUCUGUCCUCCAGCAGAGCAAGAAAGUAGGAGACCUCUCCAAUGAGUUGGUCAGGCACUUCCUGAUCGAAUGUACGCAGAAGGGGGUCCGCUUAAAGGGUUGUCCCAAUGAACCCUACUUUGGCAGCCUCACGGCUCUGGUGUGCCAGCACUCAAUAACUCCGCUGGCUCUGCCCUGCAGGCUCAUCAUACCCAGCAAAGACCCCCUUGAGGACAUCGGCGACUCGUCUGCACAGACGGCCACAAACUCGGCUGUGGAGCUGCUGAAGCAGGGAGCGGCCUGCAAUGUGUGGUUCCUGGGCUCGGUGGAGAUGGAAUCCCUGACUGGCUACCAGGCGGUCCAGAAGGCCACUAGCAAGACCCUGAGCAUGGAGCCACCACCCACCUCCACUGUGGUCCACUUCAAGGUGUCCGCCCAAGGCAUCACCCUAACAGACAAUCAGAGGAAGCUCUUCUUCAGGAGGCAUUACGCAGUCAGCACGGUCAUAUUCUGUUCUUUAGACCCUCAGAACAGGAGGUGGACCAGAGAUGGCAUAACCUCUGCAAAAAUCUUCGGCUUUGUGGCCCGGAAGACGGGCAGCAGCACCGAGAACGUGUGCCACGUUUUUGCCGAGCACGACCCGGAACAGCCAGCCAGUGCCAUCGUCAACUUCGUCUCCAAGGUGAUGAUCGGCUCCCAGAAGAGCAAGUAGAUCCAGGUUCAGUCACGAUCCCCCUCCCACCCCGCACUUUGGACUUCGUCAGCCACCUGAAAUGGUGACACCCCCGCAAAUAAAAAAGACAGCUUUUGAGGGACCACGAGAGGAACCUGGUUGUAUUAUGACAUCACUAUAAAGGGAUAUAUUUAAACGACAGAGAAUAUAAUACAAAGUAUGUAUUUAUUAUUUUUAUCUGUACCACUGUAUACCAUGCCUCACACCUUCUGUCACGUUUCUUUUUGACAUAAAAUUUGUUAAUAUUGUCUUUUUAAAAAACUGGACCCUGUUACACCCCUUAGCUCGCUCCCUGACAGGUUUGUGCCUCCAAAGACGCGCGCGUUCCCGUAGGAAUUUUGACGGCGCAUCUUCACUCUCUUUUUAAGGGUGUAAAAACUACAUGAUUACUGUCGUGAUUGCUGUCUCUUUAUGUCAAAUUACACAUGCCAAUUAACCAUUAUUUUACUAUAUAAUAUGUGCAUAGAAGAAGUACAUAUAUUUGUCUCCGUAAUCACGUUCCCUUGUUUGAAUACAAUAAUUGGUUAUUGAGGCGAGUUACUUACUCAGAUUAGAUAUUUCUAUGAAUUUUUGAAGUGUCAAAUUGUAAGACUAAUUCUCAAACCUUCGUCACUCUUAAUGACCAUUUGACGGUUGAUGCCUUCUUGUAUUUUUCACGAGUGAAAUUUUUAACACGAACCCUCUUUUCAUCCGGUCACACAAUCGUCAAAUUGUUCUCAAAUAGAAAUCAAAUGUCCUAGACGAUGAGAUAUGAAUGUUUUUGGUAAAUAAUAAUUUUUAUCUCUUUGAUACAUUAGUGGCUGUUUGCUGCGUUCCAAAUAGCAUCCUUUUUAACAUCCCUUUAUGUCGAAUAAAAAAGGGUUUUAAAACGUAUUCAAUUCUCAGAUAUAUUUUAUUACACAGAUUUGUAUUUAGUGCCAGCUUCCUCCAUUGAGGAGUUACUGACCCUGAUUAAAUGUAAAUUAAUUUAUGACUAGCUGUUUUGUAAGGCGAAGAAGUCUGUAAAUAAACGACAAAUGAAAGUUUUGCCAUUUAAAUGACUCCCAAUUCUAGUUUUCUGCUUCGUAUUAAUACUGAGAUUUUUAAUCCUUAAAUUACGAUACAUUUACAUCAUUUGAAGAGAAACAACCUUCGCAAGCAGAACUCCUUUAUGUUUCUUGCAACACUGUUAAAAAUACGAUACUCCUUUAUAUAUAUUCUUCUGCAUAUUAAAAUAACGAAAAGCUAGGAAAAUGACGCAGUGAUAUUUUUGAUAUACUUUUCUAUGAACCUUGGUAAAGCAGCUUAUGCCCAUAGAAAUGGCGUAUGAGCCGUUUUGUUUAAAGCGAUAACCUUUCCCUGCGGAUACGUGUCUGUUGUUGGUUGGGUCUUCUGCAACACAUAAUAUAUAAAAAGUGCCUGUAAAAUGUUGUAUUUUUUCCUGUAAAUUUAUGUUGUAUAGACAUUCCUAUACCUCGACAUAUUCUACAAAUGACAAUAAAGCUUAUUAAUGACA